AAGUUUGUUUACACAUGGCGACUAAGUGGUUGCACUUUCGCCGCUAGUCACUUUCACUAAUAUUUAAACGCGAUGUUGGGAUAGAUAGCAAAACAAAUCCUGAAAUAUGUCGGUUCUACAGGUCUAGAAAACAGGGUGAACGAUGAGCAAAAGGAAGGUGUACAUAUCCUGGGUAAACUCCAUCUUGAGUGAGGUUGGACUGGAAAUCGAGGGAAUUUCCGACAUCCAGGAUGGGAAAGCCCUGUGUCAGGUCAUUGACCUGUUGACUGGGACCACGGAACUCCUCAAGGCCGCUCAGGAGGAACGUUCCAGCGACCCAUUGCGCUACCUCCGAGCCUUAACCAGUCACAUGACCAAGAACAGAAUAAGAUCCACCUUCAAAGCACAAGAUAUACUUGAUGGAGACAUUAAGUCCAUUCUGGAUAUUUUAUGGCUGACCAUUCUGAAUUACGGAAUACACAACAUUGAACAACCCCCCCAGGAGAGAAGUGUGGGCGUUGCCAAGAAGCACCUGUUGGAGUGGUGUCAGAAGGAACUCAACACCGAGUUUGACUCGCGCAACACACUCGCUCACAAUCUAUGUUACUCUGGGGAUUGGUUCAUCAAACUUUUACAGAAAUUUGCUGAUAGAAGUGACGGGAUUCAGGUGGGCAGUAAGGAGAAGGAACUAAGUGGUCUGCUGCAGCAGUUGGAGACACAGCUAGGAAUCCGCCACGACAUCGUCAGCCCAGCAGAUGUCAUUGAAAGCAUCAUAGAUGAGCACACGUUGAUGAUCUACAUUUCUCUGCUGAAAAGAAAGGUUACAACCAACUCCCUGUACCAACCUGAAGUCAGCUCAGAAGAUAAAGGAAAGCUCUCCACAGAAGACAUCAAAGGAGCCGUGACUGGUUAUCCUGAGAGAAGAAGAACAACAUCAGCUGACGCAGCAGACGACAAUUCUGAUUGGUUCUCUUCCUCCAAUGGAUCCGUGAGGUCCGGGGACCCGGAUGUUACCCCAGAAGGCGAGAAUCUGAUUAUCAAAACUAUCUCAGAGCAAGUAUCAGAACAUUUGGAGGGUAAUGAAGCUGACGAUGAUGAAAGUCUGAGUGUGUUAUCAGGGUCCGCAUCAUUGCUUAGUGACAAGAAAGACAGGCUGCCGACAGCGAAAAUCCAAACAAGUGAAAGUGACACGGAGGACACCGCCGAGAAAGAAAACAGAAAGGAAAACAAACCUUCAGAAAGCGGUGAUAAGGACGAUGUCCUACAGAUUAACAUAGAUGAAACAGUUUUAAAAGAAGUACGUAGGGAACCAUUUAGGACAGAAACCAAUGUCAGAGAACCACUGCCGAUCGUGUCUCGGACAGUGAAGCGACCCAGGACUACUGACUCUAUUAUGGCAGACGCCAAACAAAAGUUUGAAAACCGAAAACAAGAAUGGCAAAAAAUGGAAGAAGCUCGCAAAUCUCUUGAACAUCAGCCAGAGGGUGACAAUUUUUCUAUUACUUCGAGUGAUUUGGACAAAUCGAGCAUGAAGGAGGGAGAUUCAAAGUCUCAAGAGGAACUGGAGGAUAUCAACACAGAAGCAGGGUAUCAGGGGACCUUCGGUACAGCGCCCCCUUACUACUACCCGGGGAUAGGGCGGGGCAUGCCAAUCUUUAUCAUGCCUGGACAGGGGAAUGACAGCCCUGAAAUGCAGUUCUUUAUCCAGGCCCUGAGACAAGCCCGACAUGAGGCGAAUUUUCAUGACCAGGAAACAAACAGGCCGCCAGGCCAUUCUCAGGGUCUCCAUCACCUGCUGGAUCUGAAUGCUGUGGAUGAUAUUGCUCCAACUGUUGAUCCAGGGAGCCAGAAAAACAAAGGGCGAGCACCAGAGUCAGAAGCCAAGGUUACAUUUGCACCAAAGGCUACGCCUGUUUCAAAGCCAGGUAGCAGCUGUCAUGUACCAUCUAUGUCUACCAAUAAACGUGGAAUACUGGAAGUUGUGGGUGAUAGAUUUGAGACAAGUCAUAACUUGUUGGAUUCAUCAAAACCGUAUAGGGAUGCAAAGGGGGCAACGAGUAGCGAAAGUGAUGGAGAGCAACGAAAGUUUCCUAGAGUGGACAUUGUAGAACCGCUGAAAGAAAAGAUACAGAAGGAUUUAGAGAUAGGAAGAGACAGGAGAGGGGAAAGGAGAUCCCCCGAACGGUCAGGAUACAGGGUUCGUUCAUUGACCCCUGGGUCAGGAUUAGACGAGGAGACUUUCCCAAAGUCAAUCCUAAAAGACAGAUCAUCUAGCCGAUCCAAGUCGCCCAGUCUAGAGAGAACGAGUCCGGAAAGAUCAAUCAACAGGGAAAGGCUCUCCAGGUCUGUCGAUUUCACCCAGGAACGAUCGCCAAGGUCGAGUUUAGAACGGUCCCCAAGGUCGAGUCUUGAAAGGUCCCCUCGAUCUAGUCUUGAAAGGGGAUCAGCUAAAGGGGACCAAUCUCCGAAAUCUCCCAGGUCCAAAUCCCCAGCAGAUCAGAACCAAGGGAAAGACGUGACGUCACCAGGGCGACACAGUAGGGAGAUCGAUCCAAACAGACGCCUGGUGAGAGUCCUCAACCGAGAACUCGAACUUCUGAAACUAAAAAUGGAUGUUUUAGAAAAGUCAAAUUUAUCAGACGAUACGGAGUUGGAAGACAUUGAUAGACUCACAAAGGAACUAUCAGAACAAGUGCAGGAGAAGAUUUCUAAGAGCCCGGAGUCGAGAUCCCCGCGCGUUUCUCCGGUGAGGUCGCCUCGGAGAUCGUCCAGGUCACCAGACUUCUCGCGAGGCAGGAUGUUCAGGCAGCGAGCAGACGACACAAGUCCUGUGAGAUCGAAGUCUGAAACGAGGCUUCACUCCUGUGCCUCCCCUGAAAAUCUCACGCCGGACUCAUACACAUCAAGAAGUUUACAGGAUUUGUCAAUCUCUGACGCCCCGGAUGGGAAUCUGACCUUUGCCCCGACACGAAGAGGACGACCUAUUAACCUUGGGUAUUCUAGUCCAAUAAGGAAAGUGUCGGAAGAAAUAUGGGGGAUUGACACCGCAGAUAAUCUUGGAUACGAUCCCAAGAAAAUAGAAAAAUGGAAAAAGCUGACAAAUAAAACCCGUAUAUCUGACCAAGAUCUGAUAGAACUGAAACAAGCUCUAGCCACCGCCAUCACUGAAAAUGACAUACUGCAGGCAAAGUUAAAGAACUCGAACGUUGAAAUGACCGAGAAAAUGGAGAAAACUAACGAUGUUCUGAACGACUGCAGAGCUCAUCUCGCGAGGUCUCAGGCAGAAAAUAUGGAGCUUAGAACGCAGUUAGAGAAAGAGAAAACAAGGAACGAGAGCACAGAGGCGCGGCUACGUGAGACGGAGAAACAGCUGCAGGCCUCCAAGACAAGCAUCGAUGACUUGGAGACCGAACUGGAGCAGACUAGGAAUCUACUGGCGGGCAGCAGUAAGAAGGACAUACCCACGCUACAGUCCCUCACGGAGGAAAGAGACAACUUCAAGAACGUCCUGGCAAAUACACAGAGGGAGAAUGACGAACUCAAAGAGGAUCUGGCUAGAGAGAAGAAAUUGACCGGCAAGCAGCAGAGUAUCAUUGGUGACCUGAAGAGCAUCCUGGACGACGCCAGACGGGAGAGAAAACAACUGUUUUUUGAACUGUCCAAAUUCCAGAAGCAGGGUCAUAUAUCGAAAGUGAGUGGGAUAAUCGGGAAAUAUAUGGAAAACGGUCUUUACGACGAUGAUGAUGAUGACGAAGACUUUGAAGAACCAUUAAAUGGUUACUCCAUCAAAAGUCAGCCAAAUGGCUUCCCCAAAGAUUCUUUUGUGACGCCAAGACGACGAGAAAUCCCGACUGACGUCAAGAUGACAUCAACACCGACAUACCGGUCCCGUUCGGAAUCUCUCGGCAGCUCCCGGCGUAUGUAUGACGAUUCAUUCUCAUCUACCCCGCAUAACCCGAGUUCCUUCACUUCCGGUCGAUCUACCCCUGUCUCUGUCGGACGCGAGAGUGGGUACGACGAGAUGUCGCCGCCAAACUCUGCACGCCACGAAAUCUAUCCACACAGAAGAACGCCCUCUUAUAAAACAGCCUUCAAUUCAUCUCUCGGUGACGCAGACGAUGAUUCAGUGGAUGAUUUAGAAGUUCAACGAUACCUCACUAAGCGACCACCUGGAAGAUAUGACGAGGACAAAGACGAGCAGGAGAACUACGGCCGACGAACUCCGAGGAAGGAGAAUUUAAGAGCGAACAGUCCCAGUCGCAGCAAGAGUCCGAAAGGAAGAGAUCGUGAAUUGGCUGAUCUACAGGACGAGAAAUCCGCAAAGAGACAACUAGUGUAUAGUCCUUACUUAAUGAAUUCUAAUGAUGCAGUUCGACCUCAACGAAAUUACGUGAUAUCUCCCAGAAACACGCGCUAUGAAAACACCAAAGAAACAAUAGAGUGCAUCGUGGAGUCGCCCAUUGAUAACCGAUACAAGGAGGAGUACCAAAGGGCCAGUCGGUACGAUACCCGCAGUCCCAGUGGCGACAAGACGUUCAUGAAGGCUUUGGAGUACGCCGUACAACAGGAGAGCUGUAACCGCUACUACAACACGGACGACUACGGGCCGCCCUUCCGGUCCUCCAGCUACGGACCCACACGGUCGGCGUACGGCUCCUCCUCCUCCUCACCGUCAAGGAAUAAUCCUAACAUCAGAAGCAUUCUCAAAAAUGCUAAAAGCGAAACCAACCUUAGUAUUAAGGAAGGAAUCAACAGCGCUCACCGGCGGUCGUUUAAUUCUCAGUCCACGUCACCCUCUCGUAGUCCGGCUAGGACGCCCACGAAAGAGAUUGGAUCCGUGCACGUACCCCCAUACACGUACAAACCAUAUGACGGCAGCAAUACGUGUUCAACCCCCACCAAACCCAUUUACUCCUCCCCGGGACUCAAACGGACCAGCUCCCUCCGCGCGCCCCGGGAUAUGUACGAGGACGAGUUAUCUCCCGUCCGCCCCGUGACCCCUGUACGAUACCAGCACCAGCCUUUUGGAAAUCCGCCAUUGUUAACUGAAGAAGAGAGGAGAUAUGCAGAUAUUCUUGUAGCAAAAUACACCAAACAACACGGCUUCGGAAGAACUGUGACCAUAUAACGUAUACACAAUAUAGCCAUACCCCUAGGUCUCCAAGUUUCAAGCUGAUAUGUGCCGCAGCUGCGAAAAAGAAUGCCGGAUUUAACGUACGACGACUUCCUUUUGCAAAUACUAGUAGAUAGGGUCAGACAGCAAUUUAGAAGGUUCCGAAUUAUAGAGACUUUUUGCAUCGCGAGCCUUUGGAUAUCUGAUGGAGUUCAACAAAAGUUAUUUUGAAAUUUAUUGUCAUUUUACGAGAAGUUCCUUAGUUGAGUGCGAGAUUAUGGCACAAUUUAGAGAGACUUAGUCCUUUAUGUUAAUUUAUUUGACUUUUAAUAACUGAGAGAGCUGUGAUAUUAGCCAUUUUAUUUAUCAGUAUGUGUAUAUUUAUAUAGAGUCCGUCCUUUUUUCUUUUUUCACCUGUAUUUAUGUUGCACUGUGAUAUUUAUAGAAACGGUAACUUGCCAGAAUAUUUUGAAAAUUCAUUUUGUGACGUCAUUGCUUGUUUUGUUGCCGAUGUUCUGUUUGAUUUUCUAUUGAUAUAAAUGUAUUUUAUCUAUAUAUUUCUUUUAUUUAAGAAUUUUGAAAGAAAAAUUUACGUCCCAAAUGAACUUUUCAAAUGAUUUAUAAUAUUCAUUUUAAGAUUUAUAUCUAUCUUUUAUGAUCUUGCGCCUUUUGUGAUAGAACAUGCAUAAUCUCUACAAAUAUGACCAAACUUUACAUUUAGUUUUGCCGAUAUCUCCCCGUUAUGACACGGAUACUGAGUAUUUCGCUAUCAAUACCAGAUCGGGCUAGGCUCUUGUGUACAUUAUUCAUCUGUUAUGUACUAUAUACAUUUUAUUCACUAGGCCUACGUCAUAAUGCAUGUAGGUCUAUACAUAUUGUCACUCAAACUUUGCAAAAUCAUGCAGCAUUUCCUCAGUAGAAUUUAAUGGCUUGAGGUUUUCCUCCGGCUUUUUCAUCAUUAUGACAUUUACGUGGUUUGGGGUUCGGUCAAGUUUUUGGCUAGUACGUUUUUACUAAAUUUAUUAUUUUUAGCAAAAAAAUAAUUCAUUGUGGAUAUUGGGGAAACUGCUGCACAGUAAAAUAUGUAGUAUAAUAUUCUAGAUAUCAUUUUUAAAGUUAAGUAGGUGGCUUUUUGGAACAGUAUUAUAUCAUGUUAUUAUUAUAUUAUAUAUUAUGUCAUGGUAACAUGUAUUUCUUCGGUGCACGGAUAACAACGACUUCCAUCUUACCUGGCCGUUACCAGGUGUACCUGGUCGGUAUUGACUGAGUGCACGUGCAUGCACCAGGGUUCGCCAUAUUUAUAAUGGCGACGCUAUGUGAACUUGCUCAUUAUUUGUAAAUUUUAAUUACAAUGUUAGAUAAGAAUAAGUAUUGUGAAUGUUGUUUGUUGGAUUUUUGAUCGUAGAGAGAAUAUGAGAGUAUAGCUAACUGUUAUUCAAAAUAAAAGUAACUGAGGAAAUAAUAA